GCGUUGUUUACAUCGGUUAUCCCGUUAGCGCGCGAUUUUUGUUGUUGUUAGAAAUCUUACCAAAACUUGGACCAUAUUGAAUCAAUCCCGAAAGUUUUCAUAUUUGCUUCUGAAUAUGGCCAUAAAUUUAAAUUUCAAGUCGACGGACAUAAAAGCAAGUCUUCAAGACCCGGCCAAACUGCACUACAUUCCAGCGACAAUCCGUGGCGAUGGCCUCGCCAAAGUGGAACAGUAUUUCGAGUCGUACACGGAAGAAUUGGAAGACAAAACUCUCGUGAAUGCUCUUCGUGGGUUUCCGUUACGGGGAAAACGAUUCACCUUGCCACCGGCGUACAGUGGUGUGAUGUUUCAGGAAACAAAGAAACCACUGUCGGCGGAUGAGGAGCGGACUAUGACCUUCGCUGGGGCCUUCAAGGAGUUCACCUAUUGGAAUUACGAUAAAAUUCCCUCGAAGAAUGACGCGUUCGAAAAGGCACUCGACUGGAUGGAGCUCUCGGAUGUGUUACACGAACCACUAGAAGAGCGGGAUGAGGCUAAGUCUGAUGGUAAAUGAUAAAAAUACAUGUAGGUACACUUGAA